AUGGUGUGGAGAGCAGCUAUUGUUGCAGGGGCCAGUAACCACUCGGUCAGCAGGCGCUCGGCACUCCACCAGCAUCCACAUGAGCCUAAGGAUCUCGACGCACCUUGCAGGAGAGACGAGAUGAUGUGGGGAGCCGAGGACCUGCACAGCAUCGAUCAGGCAGACAGAGAGGGUGUACCUGAUUAUGCUCGUCGUCCUCGUUGCCCUCGCAUCUGGCCAUCCUUGCUCGACACCGACGAGGACGCUUGGGCUGCGCGCCGCCGCCGGAUCUCCCGAGGGGGCCACCUCUUCCAUGGUCGGACCCCCACAGCGUUCGUGGCCGCCCGUACCCACCUCCUCGAUGGCGUGGAUCUGGUCGGAUGCCCCACGUCGAUCCGGGCUCCAGGCCCCGCGUCGCCACAGGAGGGACCCCGUGCCGCCACUGGAGGGGAGCCCGCGCUAGCGCGCCGCCGGAGGGACCGCGCUCCGUGUCCAUCCGGGCACUAG